AUGUCCAUCGGAGAGAGACUCGUACCUCAUGUCAUUGACGAAUGGGCUAGAAGCCAACCAGACACCAUAUGGGCGGCUUAUACCCCAUCUAUCGAAGCCCUUGCACAAGGGCAAUUGACAGAUAUCACCUGGAAAGCCUUUUCGAACGCCAUCAAUCGAUUAGCAUGGUGGUUGACAGAACGACUGGACAAUAGCGAGUAUCUAGAGACUCUGUGCUAUGUGGGUCCUUCGGACACUCGCUAUUUCAUAUUUGUUGUUGCGGCUUGCAAGGCUGGUUUCAAGGCACUAUUCUCCUCUCCUCGCAAUCAGACCGCUGCCCACGUCUCGCUCAUAGAANAAACACAAUGUCGCACCCUCAUUGGUGUGAAGAACUCUGUUGUCAACGACAUCCUCCAGAAUACAUCUGUUAGGUUCUUGGAUGUUCCGUCUCUCGAAGACCUUCUCGACACGACUGAGGCUCGACCGUUCCCAUAUGACAAGACCUAUGAUGAGGUAGCGCAGCUGCCGUUCUUGGUUCUACAUACUUCGGGAUCGACUGGCCUACCGAAACCGGUCAUGGUUAGACACAGUUUCAUGGGCGCGAGAGAUGCUCAACAGCUGUUACCGCCUGUUGAUGGCAGACACAUCACCACUCGAUACUACUCUGACAUCAAGAUGUAUACGGCUCUGCCGCCUUUUCAUGUAAGACAUAUCGAUAUCCAAUUGUUGCAUGUACUGACCAGACUAGNNUCGGCCGGCAUCGACUUUCUCGGCUUCUCAGUCUUUCAAGGAACGAAACUCAUAUUCGGGCCUCCAGACAAAAUCCCAUCACUCGAAAUCGUACAACACAUGCUUGAACAAAAUUUGGCAGACGCUGCCGUGAUGGCACCAAUAAUCCUAGAAGAAUUGGCUGGAUCACCUUCAGCACUAGAAAGGUUAUCCUCCUGGAGGAGUGUCUCAUUCGGUGGCGGACCGUUGUCAGCCAAAUCGGGAAAUACACUCUCGAAGUACACCAACGUCUACAAUCUACUUGGAUCUACCGAGACAGCCAAUUUGCCUGAACUCGCGCCAGCCGACCCCAAAGACUGGCAAUAUCACGAAUUUCACCCGUCAAUUGGUCUCGACUUUAGAUACAAUUCUGGAAACUUGUACGAGCUGGUUUUCGUGCGUCAGCCUGAGGACGGAAUCUACUUCGCGCCCUUCACUACCUUCCCAGAGCUCUCCGAAUUCUCACUGAAGGAUCUAUACGCGCCUCACCCAACAAAGCAAGGUCUAUGGUUGUAUCAAGGCAGGGCAGACGAUAUCGUGGUAUUGUCCAAUGGUGAAAAGUUUAACCCAGUGGACGCCGAACAGAUCAUCUCAUCUCAUCCUGAAGUCAAGGCGGCAAUCAUCGUCGGCUCUUCCAAAGAACAGCCUGCUGUGUUGAUUGAGCCGACAUCGAAGCUCGCCGAGUUCAACGAGCAGGACAGAACAGACUCUGUUUGGGACCUUGUUUCGAAAGCCAAUGAGCACUUACCUGGCCAUGCAAAGGUCGACCAAGCACAUACCAAGAUUUUAGGAGAUUCAGAAGCCUUCCUGAGAAGCACGAAGGGCACCGUGCAGAGACGACCAACGGCUCUGAAACUUCAAGACGAUAUCGAGAAGGUCUACCAAGACGCAGAGUCCGGUCUGCUUACACACGAUCUCGACUUUGGCAGCAUGGAGGCACUUCGUGCAGGUAUUGCCAAAGCUUUGACUGAAGUUGGACUGCGAGAUGCUGAGCAUGUGCGACAAGACGAGAGUUUGUUUGCCUAUGGUCUUGACUCUCUACAGACUCUCAGACUCUCGAGAGCCUUCCAGUCGAGUUUGGACAAUGGCACCAACAGCUCGGUAUUGAAAACCAUGAUCUACAACAAUCCAACCAUUGAGAAGAUCGCUGAAUCUCUUACAAAGCUCAAGAAUGGAGAAGAUGUGCAAAGUCAACGCUCGGAGGAUGCACAGGCCGAGAUGAAGAGGAUUCUUGACGAAUCUCUGGACUCUCUCGAGAAAAUCAACGCGUCCGCCGAAAAUACACCCGCUUCACCGCAAACUACACAUGUCCUACUGACAGGCUCAACUGGUGGCCUGGGUAGUUACAUCUUGAAUGUAUUACUAACCAACCCGAACAUCACUGUGACCUGCCUCAACCGAGCCGGCUCUGAUUCUCAGAAACAGAAGAGGAUCAACGCAGGAAAGGGCCUCAGCACCGACUUCUCACGAGUUGAUUUCAAGCAGGUUGAUCUCAACAAGGACUUCUUUGGACUAGAUGAGGAAUCAUAUAAGAGUUUGAGCGAGCGAGCCACGCAUAUCAUCCACAACGCUUGGACUGUCAACUUCAACCUCUCAGUUACUACAUUCGAAGACCAGAUCCGGGGUUGCCAAAACCUGGUUGCAUUCUCAAUGCAAAGCGUCCACAGACCGCACAUCCAGUUCAUCUCCAGCGUUGGAGCCGCCAACCGGUGGUCUGACAAGACUGAAGAGGCUGUACCGGAGAUUGUGCUCGAGAACAUGUCAUUCUCUGAAGAUAUGGGAUAUGCUCAGUCAAAGCAAGUAUCUGAGUUGCUUUUGCAUCACGCAAGCAAGAAGUAUCAGGUGCCGUCCACAAUCUGUCGUGUUGGACAGAUCACCGGACCAGUGCAGCAUCAANAAGGCCGAUGGAACGACGCUGAAUGGUUCCCAAGCCUCAUCAAGACGUCCAAGUACCUAGGCAAACUCCCUGCCAGUCUUGGAUCAAUGGCUCGCAUGGAUUGGAUACCUGUCGAUAUCCUGGCAAACACGGUCGUGGAAGUCAUGCUGGCUAGUUCCGACGAGACAACUUCCCAAUUCGUACAUCUCCUCAACCCUCACGAAGCCAAUUGGGAAGACAUUCUACCACACGUACAGAAAUCGCUCGAUAAGGAACUACAAGUCGUCCCCUACGAAGAGUGGCUUUAUGAUCUGCAAACUUCUGCGGACAGAGAGCAUGACGAGGCAAACCCUGCUGUCAAAUUGCUUGACUUUUUCGAGGAAAACAAACACGCCCUGAACCCAAGGUUUUCGACGACCAACGCCCAAGAGAUGAGUGAGACAUUGACAGGUCUACAGCCCGUCAGU